AAAUGAUAAAUCCCUUAAUCAGCAGAAAACAUGUGGCAUGAAGACAUGAUUCCGGUCAUCAUUUGAGCCAGAUUACAACUUUUUGUUCAAUUAUCAGCCGAUUUCCACAUGUAUGAAUGAUUCUGAAGACAUUAUUUUAUGCCUAAUCCCGAUUUCCACUUUUCCCACUAAUUUGCAGGUUGUAAGUUAUGAUACAUUUUGACGACUACUUUUUGUCAUUCUUCAAAUCUUCAUUCUUAUUCUGUGAAAACACUGUGUGUGGUGUAAAGAUUUAUUAAUAUUCUUUAACGCAUUAAAUUAGGUAAUUUUAGGCCUUUUUGCAAAUCAGAAGUUUCAGGGCUGUGUAAACAUAAAAUAUGAUAUGGUGGUCAUACAGUUUUUAUUUCUAUAGCCAUGGAAGACGACAUACAAGAGGAAGUCCUUUCGCAGUUCAAAGAGAGGCGACUGGGUGGCUGGCAGGUCCUGCAGCUGACGGCGGGCACGGGUUUGGCGGUCUAUGCCGUCUGGGCAGGAAUCCUCAUGCCGGGGUUUCGCCGAGUGCCACUCAGAUUACAGGUGCCUUAUAUGCCAGCGAGCAGAACUCAAGUGAGUAACGUCAUGACUCUCCUGAAGGGCCGAUCUGGAGGCAUCGCUGACCUGGGCUCAGGUGACGGCAGGAUUGUGUUAGAAGCGUGCUGUCAGGGGUUUUCUCCAGCAGUUGGUUAUGAGCUCAAUCCCUGGCUUGUUCGUCUUGCGUAUUUUCAUGCGUGGAGAGCCGGACAACAUAGAAGUGUUUCAUAUCUGCGAGAAGAUCUGUGGAAGGUUGAUCUCUCGGCGUAUAAAAAUGUCACAGUAUUUCUAGCCCCUAGCGUGUUAAGUCUUUUGCAAAAGAAGUUACUGGCCGAGCUGCCUGAAGAUGCUUUGAUUGUGGCGGGACGUUUUCCGUUUCCUGAUUGGACGGCGUGUAAAGUAGAGGGUGACGGUGUGGACAGAGCGUGGGCCUAUCACAUACAAGAACUGAGACAUCGCUACCAGUCACAAGAUAUACAUGAGGAAACCAGCUGAGAAACAUUUUAAACCUGUGCUUUCUUAUUAUUAUGUAUUCAUUUGAUCAUGUUUUAUGGAAUUCUUUGAUGCACAGAAUGUUUUUACAAGAUUUAAGCUAUUAAUUCAUCUUUUUAUUGUGCCCUCACUCUUAAGUGAAACAAAACAUACGAUGUCGAAAACAAAACUGCUGUCUGUGGGUGUUCCUUAAAGGGUUCGAACACGUGGAUCACUUCCUGUUUCUUGAUGUGACCUAGAUAAUGUUGUGUGUACAAUAUUUCGCUUUUACAGAAAAAAAGGGAAAUAAACCUCAUUUAUUGUAAGUCAUCUUUAUUGCAUGUGCUGUCUUGCGAAAAAGUGCAUGUUUGUAAAUGUGUUUACCAGUCAAUCUGCAGUCUUACUCAACAUGUACUCGAGUUGAUGGGUUGCAUAAUGUGAAGCCGUUGAGCAAACCACAAUAAACAACCAGAAGCAAGAGAAACGCAAGCUCUUCCCUUUCAUCUUCAGAAAUGACAGACAGUCACAGACCGAUUCUCACAGUCCAGGAGGAACAUCUACAUGCAGAAACAAAAAGUAACAAAGCUUUUGUUUUGGCUAAUCAACCUAUGCUGAUUUUUUUACAAAGCAGAGCGGCUGAUGUGAUGCAGGCAUUUAUAAUACAUUUUGAAGGUAGCAAAUUAGAAGCACUCAAAUGAAA